CACGUUGGAGCUUUUAAAGCUCGCGAGCAUGUGACAGUAUCGUCAGUUUAAAUCCACGUACAUUUAUUUUUAUUAUUCUGCUUGAUUUGCUUGACAUCUCCAAUCUGCUUGACCAAUCGCUCUGUAAAUUUAUAAAUAAUCAACUAAUUAGUAAUUAAUAAUUGAAUUAUAAACAUUUAAUUCUGGAAAUUAUGGGCUUCACUUUUAAUUGCAAUCUGAUAAGCUAGAGGGUAAUUCAACUCAAGUGGGUCAAAUAUCGAGUACAAAAAAUAAAUAAAGGUUUAUGCCCUUGGACCUUGAUAAGAAGACUUACUAAUUUAAUUUAUUAAUAAUUAUUAUUAUGUGGCAAAAACAAAGUAAAUGUUUAAGUAAUUAUAAGCCUACUGUCUUUGCAUUGUUUAUUUAUUUAUAAACUAAAUCGAUAGAAGGCUUUUAUUGUUUCUUUUUAACAUUUAUUUAAAUAAAGUUUUAAAUUGAGUUAUGGAUAGCAGUAACGCUGAAGUUUCUACUAUUUUUCAUCCAAGAAGAUCCAGAGCUCCGAGUAUUAUUUUAAAUGAUGAGCAAACUGGACAUCCGUAUGCUAGUCCUGGACAUGUUGUUGUUGAUACAGGAUGCGAGCAACAGGGAUGCAGUGUUACGGGGGGAUGCGACUCAGCAUCGUCGUGCAGGUCACUGGAGACGAGCAGCGGCCUGGGAAUAAGAGACCCCAGUGGAGGGAGCGCGGGUGGUGGUCAAGGGCACAAUCAACCAAGUCAUACUGGCUCAAAUGUUAAUUAUCAGACGAGACGGCACUCUAUUGUCAGAUGCUUCGACUCUUGUUGUGCUCAAUCUGCUAAGAAGAUUUAUUUUGGAGUCUGUGUGACAGUUUGUGUGACAGCCAGCUGGGUUGGAGCGACUCACUGUAUAAAAUACUUAUACUUUCAUAAACCUGACAUAAUAACGAACCACAUUGAAUCUGACAAUGUCACCAGUGAAUUAUACCAUCAACCUAUCGUUCUUCCCUACAACGCGCCUUUCUUCACCACCUGGUUCUGUACAAACUGGACCGUGCUUUACUUCCCAGUGUACUUCAUCUGCCAGAUAGCAAGGUCUAAAUGUACGAACCCGACGGAGAUAAUCGCAGAAAGUUUGCGCGGGUUUCGCGACAAGGGACUCACGGGCGGCCGAUUUCUGACCCGGUGCAGUUUCUUCUGCGGGCUCUGGGUCGCGACUAAUUACAUGUACAUCCACGCAUUACGCAUUCUUCUUGCCACUGAUGUAAUGGCCUUGUUUGCUACCAACGUCUCCUGUGUUUAUCUUCUUUCUUGGGUUAUUUUACACGAGCAAUUUGUCGGAGUCCGGAUCGUCGCUGUAAUAUUAUGCGAUACAGGUAUUGCGUUACUAGCAUACAUGGACGGUAUCACCGGAAGCCCAACCCUCGGGGGUGUUGUUUUAGCAGCUUCUGCCGCCGCUGGCUCUGCAGUUUACAAGGUUUUAUUUAAAAAAGUAAUCGGUGAAACGACAUUUGGACAAGUUUCAAUAUUUUUCACACUGAUUGGACUUUGCAAUGCGGCGUUACUAUGGCCGAUUUGUCUAGCUCUUUAUUUCUCGGGGGUUGAAAGUGUUCAUUGGGCACGCUUACCCUGGGCAGCUUUACUUUCUGCUAGUAUACUUCAUUUAGUUGCUAACAUGCUGGCUAAUUAUAGCAUCGCGUUAACAUAUGAUUUAUUCAUCACCCUGGGAUUAAUAACUGCAGUUCCAGUGUCUGCAGCAUUGGAUGUUGUGCUCUACGGAGCGCACUUUGUAGGUAUGAAACUUGCGGGAAUGAUAUUGAUAUCAGUUGGAUUUUUCCUGGUGAUGUUCCCGGACAAUUGGCCGGACUACAUAACGCGGCUGCUACGAAACGUAGUCACCAUGAGUCACAGUGCAAG